AACAUGCCAGUCUGUCUACAGUGUGUGUUCUCUGCCAGCUUCUCUUCUGCUUCUGAGGAAGUCUCAUCCUUCAAGCCCUACCACUACGAGUUUCAACUGGAGAGAGUGACAACACUGUACAGUGUGAGGGCAGAGAUCAUGCCUGCGGCUGGUCAACAAAACUGUCACUCUGGCUCCCUCUGUGGGCUGGAGAUGUCCAUUACACGACUGGCUGAACCUGAGGAUGAUGAGGAUGAUGAUGGAGGGACAGAGGAGAAAGGGCAGACAGAGACAGAGGAGGUCUGCUCCACCAAGCUCAUGUAUGAAGUGGCAGACAGCAGCAGUAGCUGGGUGGUGUAUGGCAGAAGCUCAGGGCUGGGUACAGGUUGA